AUGCCGACCCGCUUCUCUAACACUCGCAAGCACCGAGGCCACGUCUCGGCCGGUCACGGUCGUGUCGGCAAGCACAGGAAGCAUCCGGGCGGUCGUGGUCUUGCCGGUGGUCAGCACCAUCACAGGACCAACUUCGACAAGUACCAUCCAGGUUACUUCGGAAAGGUUGGUAUGCGCCACUUCCACCUCACUCGCAACAUGUCCUGGAAGCCCGUCAUCAACCUUGACAAGCUCUGGACCCUCGUCCCGGCAGAGCAGCGGAAAGGCCUGAGCGCAUCCAGCACUGAGGUGCCAGUCAUCGACACCCUCGCGGCUGGCUACGGAAAAGUGCUUGGAAAAGGGCGGCUGCCGGCUCUUCCGUGCAUCGUCAAGGCCCGCUUCGUCAGCGAGCUCGCAGAGAAGAAGAUUAAGGAGGCUGGCGGUGUCGUCAAGCUGGUCGCAUAA